AUGUCUCUUGGACGAACUUUCAAGCUCAACUCGGGAUACGAGAUCCCCGCGGUCGGUCUCGGAACUUGGCUUUCUAAACCUCAUGAAGUUGAAAAUGCCGUCGAAACUGCCCUUCGCAAGGGUUAUCGUCACAUUGAUGCGGCUGCAUGUUAUCAAAACGAGAACGAAGUAGGAAACGGCUGGAAGAAGUCCGGUGUUCCUCGCGAGGAGAUCUUUAUCACCAGCAAGCUGUGGAACACUCAUCACCACCCUGACCACGUGGAGGAGGCCAUCAACAAAACAUUGAAGGACCUCCAGACCGACUACUUGGAUCUUUACCUGAUCCACUGGCCCGUCGCUUUCGCACACACCAACGAAACUCUCACGCCAACAGACCCGGUGACGAAGCGGUUCCGCCUAGCCGAUGUUCCGAUCUCCGAGACCUGGGCCGCCCUUGAAAAGUUCGUCAAGGCGGGUAAGAUCCGAAGCAUUGGAAUCAGUAAUUUUACCAUUGCAGCGACCAAGGAGCUACUAAAGACGGCUCAGAUUCCUCCCGCUGCUAACCAGAUUGAGGCCCAUCCUUACUUGCUGCAGCCGGAGCUUUUCUCUUACCUGAAGGAGCAGAAUAUUCUCCCUGUUGCUUAUUCCCCGCUUGGUAACAAUAUCUACGAAUUGCCUCGUGUCGUCAAUGACCCGGUUGUAGAAGAUAUCGCUAAGAAGCUCAACAAGGAUCCUGCCCAGGUUCUUAUUUCUUGGGCUAUCCAGCGAGGCUCCGCAGUAUUACCCAAGAGUGUUACGCCAUCACGAAUUGAGAGCAACUUUCAAGACUUCGUGAUUCCCGAUGAAGAGUUCGCGGCUCUUAACAAGCUUGAUAAGAACACACGAUACAACUAUCCUUUCCGCUGGGGUGUUGAUGUUUUCGAGGAGCUGGGAGCUGCUGAAGCUGAGCGACGUGCUGAAGAGCAUGCUGCAUCUCAGAGAGCUAAUUAA